AUGAAAAUUCAAAAAUAUUGUGCUCAAUUUAUUUUCAAAAAUUUUAUAUUGUCUGUUACCCAUAUUUCUUAUGAGCAAGGCAUGUGGAAAAUUUCUCCACAUGCCAAAAAAAAUUCCAUAUGUGAAGCCUGCACUUAUUUAAGACUUCACAUGUGGAAUUUUUUUUUGGUAUGUCAAGAAUUUUCGCACAUUCCUUGCAUAGUAAGAAAUAUCUGCAAUAGACUAUAA